ACAACUGAAGAAAUGUCAAGUACAGUACAGCAAGUGCAACAUAUUAAGAACGAGGCUACAAAUGUCACAGAUGAAAAACAUGUACAACAAGAGCAGGAUUGUUGUUUAUAAUAAAUGUGUAUAAAAUGUUUGUACCAGUAUGUAAUCAGUUUCAAAUUUCAGGAAACAUUGAGCAGUCCAAACAUUAUUGAAGGGCAACACAAAUGUAAUGAUACAUAUGUAUCUCCAAAGAAGUUACUAUCAAGUUAUGCAAGAGCAUCAGAGCAUUUUAGUCUAAGAGCAGCUCGAUUGUAUAACAUUGCAAGACAUCUUGUAAAAAGAAAUACAUAUAGAAAGGCACAAAGUAUGAAGAUGAGAAAGCUUUUAAAAAGUCAAGGAAUAAUGAAUUCAAACUUUGUCGAACAAUAUGCAGGACUGUCAAAAACGCAACGAAUUUUAAUUGAGAUGCAGUUACGGACUGCCCAACAGCGAUUGCAAAAUCCAAACACGUACAAAUCAGUCGGUGUAGUACGUGUUACUCAGUCGUCCAGUAAUUGUCAUGUAUCAAUGGCCAGACGAUAUACUGUACAGGAAAAGAUCCUCGCGUUAUCACUUAUUAAACGUUCCCCUGCAUGUUAUUCAUUAUUAGAAAAAAUUUGUAAUAUGCCUAGCAAAAAAACGUUACAGCGUUUAUUACAAAAAAUAACAAUAAGACCUGGCAUAUGCAACAUAAUAAUAACAUAUUUACGCAAAAAAGUUAAUACGUUGAAUAACAAAGACAGAUAUUGUGUACUCAUGUGGGAUGAGAUGGCUUUAAUGCCACAUAUACAAUACGACUCAAAAUACGACGUAAUUACUGGUUUCGAAGAUUGGGGAAUGAGAAGAAGCAAUAAAUUUGCAGACCAUGCAUUAGUUUUUAUGAUACGAGAGUUAUACAGUGGCUAGAUAAUGCCAGUUUUUUUCGGAUAUUGUGAAAAUCUUACAAAAACACCGCAAUUAAUGCGUUGCAUUAAAAAAGUCAUAAGUAUCGUACACCAAACUGGGUUUCAUAUUGUUGCCACAGUUUGCGAUCAGGGAACUGCAAACGUUGCAGCAAUAAAUAUGCUUUUAAAAGAUACUGCACGGGAUGUAUGGAAAGAGGGGACAGAAUGUCGUUAUGCAUUCCAAAUAGGUAGUCAAAAAAUUAUACCAUUUUAUGAUCCUCCUUAUCUGAUCAAAGGUGUACGUAACAAUUUAGUGACUAAAGAUUUAGAAAUUAAUAUAUCAUCUACAAGCAAAAGCAGACAGUUCGCAUCAUGGAAAACGACUGAAUUAGCGUAUAAAAUAGAUAUAAACAUUAAUAAUUUAAAUCAUUUAUUGCCUAAAAUUACGGAGGAACAUGUCAUUCCAAGAAAAAUUAAAAAAAUGAGAGUCAAAAAUGCUGUACAAAUUUUUAGUAAUACUCUCUCCGCUUACAUUCGCCUGCUUUCCCAAAUGCAAGGGCAUACAGUAAACACUGAUAUUUGGACCUAUAAGUAUACAAGAAGAAGCACUUGCAACGGCUGACGUGCUUUACUUUUUUAAUACAUUAUUUGAUUCAGUAAAUGGACAUACGGCAAAGAUGGAAGCUCCUUUACGAGUAAUGGUUGUAGAAAAUAGUGGCCAUCACGAUUUUUGGAAAGAUGCUCUGCAAUAUCUUAAAAAAAUGAGAUACGUACAUCCGGUUACAAAAAAACCAUUGAAAGGAUCUGUAUGCCUCCAAAAUUGGAUGAAAAGUAUUAAUUCUUUCCAACAUUUAUGGACAGAAUUGCGAGGAAAAGGUUUCAAGAAAUUCAAUCCACGUUAUAUCAAUCAGGAUCCUCUUGAAAAUUUUUUCGGAUCUAUACGCUCCGUAGGCCAUAGAAAUAUUAAGCCUACGUGUACUACUUUCUGUGGAGCAUAUAAGGUUUUGCUUAUUAAUAAUAUAUCAUCACGGCAUACAAUUGGACAAAAUUGCGAAGACAUUUGCAAUGGGAAUCUAUUAUUCUCUUUAAAAGAUUUAAUCUCUGCAGCAAAAGAAGAUGACAUCUACAUGGAUGAAGUUGAAGAUGAAUAUGUUCAUAUCAUAGAAAGUCAUCCAGAAGAAAGAAAUGAAAGCGUGCAUGACAUACACGAUACAAGUUCAUAUCAUGUAUUGAUAAAGAAUAUCUUAGGAAAAAAAUCAUUCCAAGACUAUGCUGCAUGCAGAAAUAUAACAGACUAUGCAGAAUUGAAAAAAGUAUUACAGAAUGCAGAGAGUUUGAUAAAAACAUACAUGUAUAAAUUUUAUUACAAAUAUAAUAUUGGACAUUAUAUCAAACGAGAAAUAGAAGGAAAGGUAGACUGCAUUUUUAUACAAUGUACAUAACAUUAUGUCGAACUGAAGACGGCAAUAUUUUCUGCGAUUAUUACCACAUGUCUGAAGUAAUUUUGUACAAUAAUAAAUAGGUGCCUCAAUGGUAAAUAUACACCUAUAAAAAAACAUUCUGUCUUCGUAUCUGUACAGGCCAAAUACCAGACCAGGAUAAAAUCUAAACUAUCGAAAAAUGUAUAAGCUAUAAUUA